UGACAGCCCAGACAACAACGAAGCCAACACAUGUUGCUGUCUGUCUGUAAGGAUGCACGUAGGCAACUCUAACUUAAUGGUGACUCUAGAGCUGUCCGUUAAAGAACCAAAUGUUAGUAGUUUAUUAGCUAUAGUGGACGACAUAAGUGGAUUUCGAAAGCCUUUGUUAAUGAAUUCCCUACACACGUAACUUGGGAUUCUCCUUUUCUCGUGUAGCUACUUGCAUAAUGAAUUGUGAUUGGUCCUUUUUUUACAAUUGCUAUUUCACAAUCUCGCCUUAAAUUGAAGCUAUUGAGAAAAGACGUUCACUGAGCGUCGUGACAGCGGCACGUUCGCGUGACAGCAGCAUUGUGUUGGCGUUCGUUUACAGUAGGCUACACACACACACACACCAUUAGAUAAAACAUAUACUUGCCCUUAACUGUGUAGUAUUCAAGUUCAUUUAAAUCUCAAGUGCCUUGUGAGCUAAGCUCUGCUAUUUCCUGCAGGAACUGCAAUCGCGCAGUUCGCACGGGCGCGCCCCCGAAGUGAAAGUGAAAGAUGGUGUGGGCAGAAAUUGACGUUUCCUUUCAAACACAAAUAUAUAGCUGCUCUCUGCCUGAGGUGCGAUUUGAUACACAUAGCCUACGUGAGGAUUUACACUUCUGCGUUACUUCUGAAUUCACCGGGACAAGUGGACAUGCAUAUUAUGGUUAUAUUGAUUUUAAUGACGGCCGCUUAUCAGCCUACUAUUGCCAGAGCAAGCGAUGAAUGUGAACCAUGGAAUAACACGCCAAACGCAGUUCCUGUUGGGAAACAGCCUGUUGACACGAGAAUUCGAAUUCAGUGUGAAAAGGGCUACGUGAGGAAAGCAGGAACAUCUAACCUGCUAAUCUGCAAAGAAAAUAAUGGCAACAUAUCCUGGGAUAACAAACCUCCACUCGAGUGCAUACGUGAUCCCAAAUUACCGAUGACAAAGACUACAACACCCACCACAGAAAGAACAGAAAUGAAGACUACCGCAUUUCUUGGCACAAGCAGGCCAACCACAGCAACAGGGCAUAUAUCUUUGACAACAACAAAUGAAGUUGUCACAACCAAAACAAGAAGAACUACACGCCUGACAACUUUGAAGAGCAUGACAAAAGAGGCAGAGUCUUUUACAACAACCAAUGAAAUUACUUCAACUAAUUCAACAUCCAGCAGCUUCACAAGCAGAGAUUAUAAGACAACAACAUCGUCACAUACGCCGUCAAGCUCGAUCACUUCAAUAAAAGGAGUCACUGUGUGUGUGAACACCUCUACUGUUUCUGAAGGAACUGAUACACUGAAAGCCACCAAUGGGUAUUACACAUCAACAAUAGUUGGAGUUUCAAGCAUAAUUAUCAUCUGCGUGGCAGCAGCUGUAUUCCUUUUCUGGUGGAGGUUAAGACAUCGAGAAAGAGAUAGUCCAGAAGUGUCCUACAUACCCGUACAGUUGGUGCAUCUGAACACUGAUCAGCUGAACCAAACAUAGCAGUCAACAAGCCCACAACAGACUCUGUCAAAGACACAAAUAAACCACAAACAGGCUCCGCCCAUAAUGCAGACAACACAAACAGGCUCCGCCCAUAAUGCAGACAACACAAACAGGCUCCGCCCAUGGUGCAGACAACACAAACAGGCUCCGCCCAUAAUGCAGACAACACAAACAGGCUCCGCCCAUGGUGCAGACAACACAAACAGGCUCCGCCCAUAAUGCAGACAACACAAACAGGCUCCGCCCAUAAUGCAGACAACACAAACAGGCUCCGCCCAUGGUGCAGACAACACAAACAGGCUCCUGCUGUUAAAGACUUUGCCCUGAGCAGUCCAUGACAUACCAUCUCAGCUGCACAUAUUUGAUUAACCUCCAUCCAUUGUGCUUUACCUCACUCUACUCCUUUUACGUUUUUCAGAAAAUUAAUAAAGUUUUUAUAUUGUUUUUACGUCA